UUAGCAUCUGCUGCCUGAUCACAUGGGCUUCGCCACAGCUCAGCGCUGCCGGGGCGGACCAGCCGGAGAGCGAGCGAGGGACGGCAGCAGGGAGCUCAGAUGGAGGAGAUGACCCCACCACCCGCACCUGCGGCACCAUCCCCGCUGACAUCCUACAAAUGGCGGACAGGCCCCCAGGGUGGGGAGAGGGAGCCGGAGCCUGAGCGGUGCCCCAUGCCCCCUGCCAGCAGCCGCUGGGCCAAACUGCACAACUGGAAGCGCGCUCAUAGCCAGCCUGAGACUGAUGCCCCUGAGGUACGCAUGGCCAAGAGCAGCCCAGGCACCGAGCCCCCAGAGCCUGUGGAGAGCAAAGCAGCCGCCCGGAGAUCUGUGUUCCAGAGAGCGUUCUCUGCCCCGGCCAAGGUGCCCAAGGAGCCCAAGGGCCAAGAGGGCAUUAAGCUGAACCUGCGAAAAUACCUGCGUUCCAGGUCCCAUCGCAGGAGCCCGGAGAGUGGGCCCAAGGCAGAGCUGGCAUCUCAGGAGGCAGCCAAAGACGGUGUGCGCCCCGUGCAGCGGAUUCCACUGACCCCGUCCCCUGAGGUCCCUGUCUUCGACGUCUCGAACUUCUCCCUGGUGGAUGGACAGCUGGUGCUGAUGGCCAGGGACGAAGAGGUUUUGUACAAGAGCCGGAACAGAACUGGCAGCUCCAUUUCGGAGACCAACGCUCAGCUGUCCCUGGGCAGCAGGAGGGACACCGAUCUCUCCUCCGAGGGGAAGAGCACACCCAGCCCCCGGGCCCCAGGGAGAGGAACCGAGAGCGAAAUGUCAACUGGCUCCCAGUUCAGUAACGUGAAGGGGCUGAUAUGGAAGAGGCUAAGAGAACGGAAGGGCCGGACUGCAUCCAAGCCCGACUCCCCAACAGCACCCCCUACGGAUGGUGACAGGCUGCAGACCCGGCAUGGCUCCCGUGAGUCCCUGCUGCCUGCACCAAGUGCAGCCGAGCUGGAUCUGAGUAGCGAGGGCGUAGUGAUCCGCCCGCUGCACAGCAGCAUCCUGGGCGAGAAGUUCUGCUUCCAGAUAGUCAAUGCUGAGGGGAGCCGCUGUUUCAGCUGCACGUCGGUGGCUGAGCGGGACCGGUGGAUUGAGAACUUACGCAGAACUGUGCAGCCCAACAAGGACAAUUGCAAGCGUGUGGAGAACACCCUGAGUCUCUGGGUGUAUGAGGCCCGAGACCUGCCCCCCAAGAGGCGCUACUUCUGCCAGCUGCACCUGGAUGGCGCCCUGUACGCCCGCACUACAGCCAAGCCAGCGGGUGCGGGCGGGGCACUCUUCUGGGGCGAGCUCUUUGAGCUGGCCACGCUGCCUCCGGCGCGGGAGCUGCGCAUCAGUGUGCUGCGGGAGGAGGAGGGUCGGCGGCGGGAGACCAGCCCCCUGGGCACCGUGACCAUCCCACUGGCGGAGCUGGCUGCCUCACGCCAGCCCUUGGAGAAAUGGUACCUGCUGUGUGGAGCUGCCCCCAGCCGGACACCUUCUCUGCGGCUGCGUGGACGCUACCAGGAGAUUCAGGUGCUGCCCAUCGUGAGCUACAAGGAGUUCGCCGAGUACAUCACCUUCCACUACCGAGAGCUGUGCGCCGGGCUGGAGCCUGCCAUCGCUGUGCGUCACAAGGAGGAGCUUGCCAGUGCCCUGGUGCAUGUGCUGCAGAGCACGGGCAAAGCCAAGGCAUUUCUCAUCGACCUGGGGGUGGCGGAGCUGAACCGCUUCGACGACAGAGAGGCACUGAUCUUCCGUGAGAACACACUGGCGACCAAGGCCAUCGACGAGUACAUGAAGCUGGUUGGGGGGCAGUACCUGCUGGACAUGCUGGGGGAGGCUAUUGCCCAGUUCUACGAGUCGGAGGACAGCUGUGAGGUUGACCCCAGCAAGUGUGCAGCCAAUGAUCUGUCAGACAACCAGAACAACCUGCGGCAGGCAUGCGAGGAGGUCUUCCAGAGAAUCACCAACUCCUGCGAUGCCUUCCCAGCUGAGCUCAGCGAGAUCUUUGCAGCAUGGCAGGGGGAGUGCCUGGAGCGGGACAAGGAGGACAUUGGGCAGCGGCUCAUCUCGGCCUCACUCUUCCUGCGUUUCCUGUGCCCGGCCAUCAUGUCCCCCAGCCUGUUUGGCCUCACCCAGGAGUACCCAGAUGAUGCCACCUCCCGCACCCUCACCCUGGUGGCAAAAGUCAUCCAGAACCUGGCCAAUUUUGCUACGUUCGGCGAAAAGGAGGCGUACAUGGGGUUCAUGAACGAAUUCCUGGAGCACAACUGGAGCCGCAUGAAGUUGUUUCUACAGAACGUGGCCAACCCUGACAGCAGUGCCCACCUGGUGGCUUACGACGGCUACGUGGACCUGGCGCUGGAGCUCUCCACCCUGCACUCGCUGCUCUGCGACAUAUUCACCAGCCUGGACCAGCAAACGAGGGAGAAGCUAGAGCCCCUGCCAACCAUCCUCAAUGCCAUCAAAGAGGGGACACCAGUGCCCGUCUCCAUCAGACUUGACCCCGGCAUGGACAGCCCCAGCGAGAAGCCAGGAUUCCUGCCGCCGAGGGAGUUGAGCAAGCACAGCCCGCUGAUCAAGAGCCACUCCAUGACCAACAUCCAGAAGGGCCGGGGGAAGGAGGACGAGCAGCACCUCCAGCAGCUGCCCUCCUCCCCACGCCAGGCCUGGGAGAGGAAGAAGGUGCAGCGCACCCAGAGUGUGCCAGCCCAGAGCAAGGCAGGACGCAGGCUGCAGAAGCAGAGCAGCAUGGAGCAUGUGGUUGAGUCCCAGGGAGAAGAGAGUCACGAUGGGAGCCCUCGCCCCUCUACCUCCCGCCCACGGGAUGGCCGAGCCCACCCGGGGCGAUCCAAUCUCUGCCAAUCUGCUUCGCUGCCCCGGAAAUCCACGGUGCCCUGGCAGCGCCAUGCUGAGGAAGCAGGCAAGGCGCAGACUGAGCUGUACGCCAUGCGGCCGCUGGAGAAGCAUGGAAAGCAAAUUGAGGAGCUGAGGAAGGAGCUGGUGGAGGCCAAGAAGAAGCAGAGGCUCUUUGAGAGCCAGUUGGAAACGCUGGUCACCCAGAACCAGACAUUGCUGGAGGCGCUGGCCAAGAGCCAGGAGCAGGAGGAGAGGCUCCAGAGGCAGCUGGAGCAGCUGGAAACCCAUCUGGCAAACCUCAGCACCAGGGUGGCGGCAGCAGAGGGCGGCCGGAGGAAGGACCAGGAGAAGCUGAAGACCAGCGAGGAGAGGGCGAAGCGUCUGGAGCGCCGCCUGUCGACCCUGGAGCGGGAACACGCUGAGCUGCUCUGUGCCAUCAGCCAGCGCCAGGGACUCCAGGACAAGCCACCCAACUCACUGCUGAGGCCAGGGCCACAGGAUGGGGCCGAGGACUGGCAGGAGGUUUAGCCAGCUUGGUGGGCCCAGACGGCCAGCCCCUGCAGUUGCCACCUGCUGCAGACACCCUGCCAGCCAGACCUUGUCUCUAGAAAUUUGUCACAGACCCGAGCCCAGCAGCCCUUUCCUGGUACGAAUCCAGCCCAGGAGGGUCCCGAGUCUGCCAGAGAUGUUGUUCCAGAUAAUGGAGCCCCAGGGAGCUGCCGUCUGCCUCUGUGAAUCUCCUGCAGCUCUCCACUCCCCAGGAGUGGUGGAGAGUGAUUGGAUUUGUGAGAGGCCCAUUCAGUCCCUCUUUCAGCCCAGCUGGGGUUCCCCUCCCUAUCCCUGCAUCCAAAGGUCACUGUCCCCAGGUGCUUCCUUCUGAACCCACCCCCCACACUCCUGAUUCCUUGCUGCCCCCUCCGUCAUACCCAUUCCGCCAUCCCAGCAGCGGAACAUUGCUCCAACAUGCCCAAGCUUCCCUGGGGCUCUGGCUGCUGCAUAGGACCCGCUGCCCAGGGCCACUGCCCAGUGACUGCUGGCAAGCCCAGCCCUGGGCCAGGGGGCUGAGUAGAAGGGAUGCUCCCGGACCAGUAUUCAGGCCUCAUUUGGCUUUUGGGGGAUUCGGGGCUGGGCUGUCACAGCGAGCUUGUCUCCGGGUCCAUGCUGGCCACAACUCCCUGCAGAGCCAGAAAUGCAGCAGCUGCUUUGUCAAAACCUUCCUCAUCUCUGAGGGUCCCCUGCAGCCCGGUAGUAAACAUGGUGCCUUUGUGACGAGCAUGUGGGUCGGCGCCUGGGGCACUCGUCGCGUGGGACCAGACAGGCCAGAGCCCAAGGGUUCAGAGGGAAGCACGGCAGGCACCAAGCUCUGAGAGCCUCUUGCCACAGGGCCAUGUUUCAAAAAAGCCCAGCUACUACUGAGAACAAUGGAGAAUCUCCGAGCCCCGCUGUCCAUGUGUACGCACAUACACAUGUGCACAAGCACAAGAACAACACACAUUCAUGUGUGCGCACACACGGCACAACCUGUGCACACACAUGUGCGGCUCACACUGUUCUCAGUGGGUGCUGCUGGGGGCCAACCACUUCUGCAAGUCUCUCCCUGCACCCCAGAGUGCUGGCACAGACACCUGCCAAGGCAUGCAGGGCUGAGGCCCCAUCACAGCUGGCACCCAGCAUGUGUGCAGUGCACACCUGGGCAUGUUCACACUGGUGCUUUUUGUCGGUAAAACUUGUGUCAUUCAGGGGAAGGGGGAGUGUUUUUUUCACACCCCCUGAAAGACAAAAGUUUUACUGACGAAAGUCCAGUGUAGACAAAAACCUUAGAGUGGAAACCACUCGGUCCCCGAGCUACAGCUGGCUUCUGCUCCCAUGACAGUGCAGCAAUGCAUAGAGCCAGCUCGUCCCUCAGCCCCUAGGUGCCAGCCUGCCUGCAGGGGCUGGCCUGUGUGUUUGCAGUGGGGUGAUAGUCAGGGUCUUGGGGUGACUCCUGCUGCAGCCUGUCACCCUACUGUUUCCUAGCACUUGUAGGAGUUGCCUUCCUGAGGACAGGUGCAUUCCCAUCCUGGAGGGGCCCUGCCGGGGCUUGUGGCUGCAGGGAGGGGAAGCUGCAGCAUGGAGCCAGGUGGGGGAAAGAGGGGUGAGCAGUUGGGAGGGAGGAUCUAAGCUGGAGGGAACCUGUCCCCCACUGCUCUGAAGGCAAGUGACUAGGACCCAGCUUAGUAGUGUAGAUCAGGGCUCACUACCAUUCGCUUCAACAGGAGCUAGGUGCCUGAAUCACAUUGAGGAGCUGGACCUAGAUGCUUCUGGGCUUUUGGGUUAACAGAGGGGAACUGGAGCAGCACCACUUAGGGACACUGCCCCCCACAGGAUUCAGUUCGGCUGCUGUGACACCAACACAAACUCUUGUGAGAUCGCAGCAGCUGUCUCCUUGCAGGGGAAGGGCCGUGGCACACAGAUGCCAGCUGAAUAGAGCGAAGUCCCUGGUAGGGGAGCCCCUGCAGGGAGCUAAGCGAGGUGGUUGGGGAUGAUGCAGAGACCUGCAGCCUCAGGAUGCCCAGCUGGCUGGAUUCCAGGAGAGUCUCUGACAGGCAGAGUUUCACUGAGCCCUGAACAUUGUAAUGAGAAGCUGGGGCCCGCACUGCUCUCGCAGCCUGGAAGGGCUAAGCCAGAGCAUCUCCCAGUAAAUGGCAGAACAAGAGAAUGAAGCCUGGCAGUGAGCUUCAUGCUCCAAACCAGCAACCAGAGGGGGCUGCCAGCCUCCACAGGCCAGGCAGGCUGUCUGGGAGCAGCGAGCACUGCAAUCUCCAGGCACUGGCUCCCCUGUCCUACUCUCAGGGAGGUCGCUGCUGUGAAGACAGAGACAAAGGGCUUCUCCUGUGCUCUUCCUACAUGGCACCCACCAGCCAACAGACCUGGUGUCCUUGUGCCAGCGUGUCCAUGCUGGGGCGGGAGGUCUGCAGGAAUAUUUCCAUUCGAAUCCCCCUUGCUCUGACCUGCCUGCACUUCCUAGUCUUGGGCCAAGAUUUUCCCAAGUGCCUUGUGGGGCUGGCUGGCUCCCCCACUCGGGCCCUGGAAGGGGCUUGGUUUUCAGU